AUCGCUGUCUGCCACUUGCAUCGCUACGAUCGCUCACCUCCAGCGGAUUUUCACUCCUAAGCAUCCCAUCCCAUCCCAUCCCAUCCCAUCCCAUCCCAUCCCAUCCCAUCCAAUCCCAUAACCGUCGCAGACGCUCCCUCUCUUCACUUUCCCUUCGCAGCCUCGUGUACCCAUGUCUCGUCUAAAUCACACCCUUCGUGUCGACACUCAACGACCAGCCCUGUGUCGCUCCUACAACAGCCUCCAGUCACUGCGACCCAUUGACUCUCCGCCACCGCAAGAUGAUCCAUUUUCAUCUAGACUCUCGCCGUCGUCAACUUUGGCCGACUCCAGCUUUCUCUCGUGCUCGUCCUCCUCAGCUUCGUCCGCACUGCAUCCCGCCCCGUCGGCCUCGUUCAGCCCGCCAUCCCCUCCAAGCCAUCUCCGACCAACCUCCGACGGGAACCUUCGCGACGACGGCUUGUUGCAUCCCGACAUUCCAAGCAUCCCCGCCUUACGCCCCCACACCGAUCAUGAUCUGGCUUGCUCAUCCUGUGAGCACGGCCAUUUUUUGGUACUUGGAUACACCGCGACGCUCUCGGCCCAGCGUCCUCUUGGCAGUAUCGAUCCUGGCAAGGUCCUUCUCAGAGCCGGCGGCUCCGAGAUCUAUGUAUGCUCUGAAAAGACAACUCCUUCAGGCUAUGAGCCGGCCCGUGGCGCCCGACCCCAGCCCUCAGGCCCUCAAGAUGCAUCCGAGGCCAUCUCCUCGACACCCGACAAGGCUCAUGAUCGCUUAGGUUUGAGUCCCGAUGCCAUCGACAGGGUUUCCUCUGCGCCCCAUGCCACGACCCAUGCUCAGAAUUCUUCGCAGCUCGCACCUAGUCUGGAUGCCACUGGGCUCUGUCGACCGAAUCGUCAGCCCGUUGCAUAUUCGUUUAUGCGCUACCAGCUUGAAUUCAACCACAAGGACAGAUGGCUUCCCAAGCUGCUUAAUCGUCUCCGUCAUCACUGGCCUUCACUGCACUCUCUGCCGUCCUCCCAGACAAUCGCCCGUCGACCCCCCAAGGGUGACGCCGAUGCCGACGGUGAUGGCGACGACGACUGCGUGGUUCUCGCCGAGGGAACCGAGCUCCGCCAAUACGGCCGGGCCCGGGACCCCCGACGCAGUAUGGCUGCAUUCUCUCGGAUCAGCAUCGACAUUUUGCCAUCAGUGCACACCCACGGCAAGAAAGGCCGCCACGCCGACGAACUUGUAGAGGCACCCCACGGCCGUAUGUUCAAGAAGCCCUUCACUGUUUCUUCCAAGCACGAUGAGCACCAUCCCGACCGUUUGUCCUCGCGGAAACAUAUCUUGCGCCCUCUAUCUAGGAUUGCUUCUCCGUCCCAUCAAGCCAACAAAGGGGCCAGAGACACAGACACACAACCCUCAUUGACUUAUCCACCGGAGACCUCGGCACCGCCUGCCUACCGAGCCAACUGGAUCGCCAUCAAGUCAACAUCGUCCAACCGGGUCUAUGUUGAAUGCCUGCAUCCCUCCCAGGAUGGUUUCCUGGCACCCCCCAAGCAUCGAUCAAAUGACACGGAGCCGAGCCCGCUGUUGCCCCCCCAGUCACACUGGGAUUUGUGGCAAUUCGGCUCGGAGCCGGGCCCUGGAAUUGAUUUUGUUAUCCCUGGUGCAUUCGUUGUUGUUCGGGGUCGAGGUAUCCAAUCCGUGCAGUCGGCUGGCCAUCCCUUGCCUUUUCAUAUCCUGACCCGGCGUGGUACGCCUGGAAGGGAGGCCCGUCUAUUCUCGGGCUGUUUUGAUUCAGGAGGCCGCCUCUAUUUGGGCUCCAAAUCCGAGCGCUGGGCUGUCUCAGGGCGUUCCAAUCCAUCACACUCGACCAAAGGGCAUCCAAAUCUCUCUGGGCGGCUCGCUGGCAAUGAAUCCCGUGAUCCUCACGAAAACGAGCAUACUGGCUCCUCGGAUGCAUCCGGAGACGGCGACGAUGUGAUCGGAAUGGAUGGAUUUGCUGAAGUCCCAUGCUAUCACUUCAAGCCCAAUCCACAAAGCUGCUGCGAUCCCCCAUCGAGCCAGAGCGUCCCGGUCCGACGUUCAUUCUACACGCCUGCUGAGUCUCACGAUCCCCAGCUACCACCUGGAAAGUGGUACAAGAUAUCGGUCAAGGGCAGUGCCUACGAGAUUCGAUCGCCAAUCGAUGGCGAUGUCCUGCCGAAUGCGACUCUGCGUCGUUCUCGUGUCCGACCCUCAAGGGCUUUGAGCCGUUUGUUCUCUUAUCCGUCGCGAAGCAGCAUUCUCUCACUCUCGCCAACAAAUUCGGGGGAGAUCGAUCUGGAGUACACUCCCGGACAUCCCCGCGCAGACAUCGCUGAGACCGAGCCGCCGACCGCAGUUGGAUCAGCCAGCCUCUCUAGUCAUCUCGAUUUCGCAGAAACCGACGAGCCCACAGGAUAUGCCCCUCCUAACCAUGACGAUUCUAUUUAUCGAAUCCCUCGGUACCAAAGCCCCAACCUGGAUCACGCCCAGGAGCAGCAUGCAAGCCCAUUGCAGGGCGAUGAUUCCGAGCCGCUCAAUUAUUUGGAGAACAAUCCCUACAUUGCCAGCGAAGAAUCGCCGGACGGCAAUCUACUUACGGACGGAAGCAUUAUCAUCUGUGGUAGCCUGUCUCUGCUCUGGAGGUGCCCCGGCGGACACUGCUCACCAGCCGAUCAUAAGUACCGAACAGCCGACGCUGGGGGAUAUAGAAAUACAGUCACUGGACGGCACACGAACGAACACGGUUGCUCUGAAGAGUCUCGGUCUUGUUCCGACCCUCCCUCAACUCUCGGCCGAUCGACAUUUGAUCCACCUGGUGUAACCCAGCAGCAUGGUUCUUCUCCAAAUCACUCUCCAGACCCUGGCUUUGACACCUCGUCAAAAUCCAUGCACGACGCUGCGAAUCCUCUCCAACCGGGUUUCGCCAGAUAUUUUCCGAUUCCGAUAUCGCAUUUUUACCCGCCUGCCGCAUCACUCGACUCGCUUGAGGGAUCCAAGCCGCAGCCAUGGCCGACUCUGCGUAAUGUACCGUCCUCUGCACCAUCCGGAACCUCGUUUUCUAGUGGGUCCGAAGAUAAACUUGACAUGACCGCAAGGCUCCAUGGCUGGCAUGAAAAGUACACCUGCCCGGUGACUCUCGAUGACAUCAACGUCGAGCAUCUUGAUCGGUCCGUUUAUAACCUCGACAUGUACGAUGCCGACAAUGCCGAAAGCAAGCUCCUUCUCCGAUGGUCUCGCCGCUUUGCUCGUGAAAACGUCUUCUCGAAUCUGCGAACCAGAUCUAGCCGCUUGUUACGCCUUUCUCCCCGCUCCAACGAAACGCUUCAAGUCUCGGACAAAGCGGACCCCACCGAGUCUUCCCGUACACCGAUACAGCAGCAUGAUGCAACCCGUGGAAUAUAUGGUGACUCUGCAGACGUCGAGCAGUACGAUCACCGCGACUCGCCGGUCCCUUUUGAUGGUCCGGCCGCUGGUCACGCACCGGAUACUCAAUCUCCUCGUGGUCAACUGUCAAGCAGACGCUCCAAGCGCGAUAUGCGAUGGAUCCGAGAUAUGGUCUGCAGCUCUCGUUUCGAUGACGAGGCUGCCGGCGAAAGGCUCAAGUUGGGCAGACCGUGGGUGUUCAUUAGCUGCGGGCACAUCGUCUCGUACUUUUAUGACAAGCUUGAUGUUUUACCCACGGCAUGUGUGGUUUGUCGGCGCGAUUCGGACCUGCUUCCGCUCACCAGUCGCAUCUGCCCUGAAAUUACGACCAAUGACUGGACCCAUUGCCUAAAUCCUUGCGGACACCUUUUGGAUCAGCGCGCUGCAGAAUAUUGGGGCAAGCAGGUCUUAUUCCCCAUAUGGAGCCAAAGACCAAACAAGAGUGAGUCCUUGCGUUGGGCCCACAAAUGUCCUUUUUGUCAGGUUGAGAUCCGUGAUGUUGUCAAGAUUUAUGGGCAGAAGGAUGACCUUUAACGGGCGACUGUCGGAGUGAUACUGUUAGAGAUGAGAGCGCGUGUCCUCAAAAACCGCGGGAAUAAUGUUUACAGUUUCAUUCAUCAUUCGUUUGCGUGACUGGCAUUGUUUGUCCUUGAUUGCCUCCCACUACCACCCUACUUCACCCAACAUAUUUGCAUCUCAUCCGUCAUUCGGCUAUUAGCUUU